AUGAAUCUGUACUUGGUUUUAUGUCUAGGCAUGAUGGGCCUUAGGCUGUCGUCUGCGGAUCUCGAUUUAUCAGAUCUGAAGCGGGAACUCGACGAGCAGAAAGAGCGACUAGCAGUGUUGGAGAAGGAAUUGGGACCUAAUACAAGCCCAGCAAAAAAUCCUGCAGUCCUGCCGGAAUUACUUACGAAGCGUGCUCAAUACGGUUAUGACACUGUGGUUUUUAGUGCAUCACUAAAUGUACCUUUCGACAGUAGCAGACAUAACAGUCCCAUCCCUUUCGAUACAGUGACAAUAAACGAGGGUAACGGUUACUCGUCAGCAACUGGUGUAUUCACGACCCCCCGCGACGGCGUUUAUAUGUUCUACACAUCUGUGGCAGUUAAUGGGGACGACGCCGUGCACGCACAGUUGCAGAAGAAUGGAGUAUCCCAAUGUGCCUGCACUUCUACGCACUAUGGGUCAGGGUCCUGUAUGGUUAUAAUCCCACUUACUGUCGGCGACAAGGUUUUUGUCAAGGAAGUGUUUGGCACCCACCUUAGAGCAGAACAUUUGACUACAUUCAAUGGAAUGUUUGUUAUAUAA